CAGCAUAAAACAGCAGAAGGAGAGAGAGAGAGAGAGAGAGAGAGAGAGAGAGAGAGAGAGAGUAGAAGGAGCACAUGACGGGAUGAAAAGAUCGCGACAGUUUACUUUAAAUGUUGUUCUUGCACCGUACACGUUCACAUUAAAGCGAGCACUAUUAAAUGCACAAUGUCCGAGCCCACGACCCCAGGAAAGAAGGGCAACUUGACCGGAAGUGCCAGAAAAUUAAAGGACAACGCCGCAGAUUGGCAUAAUCUCAUCCUGAAAUGGGAGCGAUUAAAUGAAGAGGGAUCCACGACCGCGACUAAAAUCGUUAAUCUGGGAUUAAGCAAAAGUAAAUCAGAUACUGAGCCUGAUGUUGUGAUGGAAGGAAGCAGUUUGGCAGCUGGAGACUUUUCAGACAAUCUGAAACGGAGCAACCAAGAGCUGGAGGAAGAAUGUGUGAAGUUACGGGAGGUUGUGGAUAAAAUGGCAAACAUACUGUCAAAGAUGGAGAAGAUGGUCCAUGCCGAGAGUGGAAUCUGUGAACUGGAAGCGUUUCAGCACGGAGAGAAAGGAAGAGCAGCACCACUCUUUCACACAUGGUCCACUCAACAGUUUGACUCAAUUUAUCAGAUUUCCCAUAUUGCUCACGAUUGCACAGAGUGAAAGAACUUAUGGACAGAAACGGGC